CACUACUGCAGUUGUAAUUUUUGGGAGCUGGUGGGAAUACCCUGCAGACAUGCAUGUGCUGGGAUGUCAUAUAGUAGACACAACCCUGAAGACUAUGUCCACAGAUACUACAAAAGGGAUGCUUAUAUAGCAACUUAUGCACAUGGGAUUAGUCCAAUCAAUGGACAGAAACUCUGGGAACCAACUGAAGACCCAACAAUUCUUCCACCCUUGUACAAGAGGGGUCCAGGCAGGCCUAAAAAGCUAAGAAGAAGAGACCCUCAUGAGGACACUGAGGAAAGGUUGAACAGAGGUGUGGCCAGGCAUAGAUGCAGCAGAUGUGGCCAAUUUGGUCACAACUUAAGAAGCUGCAGGAACCCAGUUAUGAACACAGAUCCACUGCCUAGCCAGCAAACUCAACCAGUCAACCCAGAUCCACAACCUAGUCAAGUAAUCAACCCAUAUCCAGAAUCUACUCAAACUGUUCGAGCUGAAGAUAUACCACCUCAGUUGAGAGAGCGGUGGAAUGAAAUUAUUGGAAGAGUGCCUCCAGUGAAUCCAGAUCCAGUGCCACAGGUUGGAGUUCAUGCUGCAGAUAUGGAUCAUGUUGCUGCUGCUACUGUUGAUCUUCAGGGAGGAGUAUCUCAGAUCUCAACAAUUGAUGAGGGAGCUUGAAGAGUACUUAUUGAAGGGGGGUGGUUGGGUCGGUUAAGUAGCUGUAAGGGAAUAUGCUUUUUGGUUGGUUUUAUGCAUACUGCAGACAUGCACAUGGGUGCCUAGUUGAUGUAAUAUUUUGUUGUUUAAGUUGGACCACUAAGGCCAAACUUGGUUAUUAUAUUGUGCUGUAUUUUGUUGUGCUGGACCACUAAGUAAUGUGUUGUCUUACCUUUUAUUUAAGUGGAUGGACCACUAAGACAUAAUGUGUUGUCUUAUUCUA